AUGCUACCGUGGAAAAGAGUAACUUUGACUUUUCUACUCCUCGUAUCGCAUGUCCUCGCAGACAUGGAUAUGGGCGAUGAUAAAGUUGAAUUUCACCCCGUCAAUGCUGGUUCAAAAACCUUCCACUGGAUAACUUCAUUGGUGCUCUUGCUUCUUGUUCCAUCCGUGGCAUCUGUUUUUGCCUUUGCAGAAAGAUACCACUGGUCAGGGUUACUUCAUGUUGUUUCCUUGGCCUACCUGGCCUUCGAAUCGCUUUUCUUGGCCUUUCCAGACCCCUCCAACCACGAAAACAGAACAUCUAAAGGCACGAGCUGGUUCCUCACAUGGGAAUUGGGUGGUACCGUCCUUUUGGCGUCUUUCAUAACAGGAAAAAAUCUUUUCGGACGUGAAGCACCUCUGACUACUGCUUUUUCGCCCUCUCGUGCCGCUGUUCGUCUUUACAAAACUGUAUCCUUCACGACGGUUCUUACUGGUUGGGUGCGGGUAUGUAUGGCACCAGUGGCAUUGUUUGGCUUCUGCUACGGCCGGUCCACUGGCCAAUGUAUUGCUCAUGGAAUCAUGGGCUCGAGUUUUGUUGGAUAUGGGUUUCUUCUUGCAUGGGUGCUCGUAAUUCCAUGGAUCCGCAACCGGCGUGGAAACGGCCGAAGCCAAGAGUUCUGGGACUCGUCGUUGAUGUGCUUGUGGGGAAUAGUUAACACGUUCACGGAGCACCGUUGGGGUCGUGAAGGAUGGUCCCAUGGAGACUACCAGCACACAUCUAUGGGAAUCAUUUGGUGGUGCGGUGGAAUGUUGGGCAUGUGGCUUUCCCGCCGCGAGAACACACGAAACGUGGUGCCAGCAGUUCUUCUUAUCUAUACGGGCUAUGCAAUGUCCGAGCACUCGCAACACUUGGAGAUUUCAACCAAAGUGCAUGCCAUGUUUGGGUUGGUACUUAUGGCCGGUGGUCUUACGAGGAUCAUGGAAAUUUGUUUCUUGUUAAGAGACGCUGCUGCAUGCGACACUGGUCGAGUUUUGGCAUUCCAGCACUUCCCGCCAUUGUGUUUGGUAAUGUCGGGUGUGUUGUUCAUGUCUGCCAACGAGGAGCAGCUUGAAAUGGUCCAUGGGUUAGGUGCCGACCACUCAUCAUAUAUUCUUGUCGUGUGUGGUGCAGGCUUUGUCAUUUACUUGUGGAUGUUAAUGAUGCUAGCCCUUUAUUUGCAUUUGGUUGGUUAUGACGAAGACGGCCAGCUCCGAGGUUACGCUGAUAUUACAGGGCACGAGGACUUUGAGUUAGACACGGUGAGCGAAACAGAAGAAUGA